AUGGAGUACAAUCACAUCCACGUCCACAACGGCUCCCUCCUGGCUCACCACAAGUAUGGCUGUGGCUUGGGAUACGUACCUGUCAUAUACUACAGCUUGCUGCUCUGCCUCGGGCUGCCAGCAAACAUCCUGACAGUCAUUAUCCUAUCGCAGCUGGUGGUUCGCAGGCAGAAGUCCUCGUACAACUAUCUUUUAGCACUAGCUGCUGCUGACAUACUGGUACUUUUUUUCAUUGUCUUUGUUGACUUUUUGCUGGAGGACUUCAUCUUGAAUAAGCAGAUGCCUCAGAUACUUGACAAAAUAAUUGAGGUAUUGGAAUUUUCUUCCAUACAUACAUCCAUUUGGAUUACCGUGCCAUUAACAAUUGAUAGGUACAUAGCAGUAUGUCAUCCGCUUAAAUAUCACACAGUCUCCUACCCAGCUCGUACUCGAAAAGUCAUUGUGUGUGUUUAUAUCACCUGCUUUUUGACCAGCAUCCCCUAUUACUGGUGGCCCAAUAUUUGGAUUGAAGACUACAUAAGCACAUCUAUACAUCAUGUCCUUAUCUGGAUCCACUGUUUUACCGUUUACUUGGUACCGUGCUCCAUUUUCUUCAUUCUGAAUUCAAUCAUUGUGUACAAGCUCAGACGAAAAUGCAAUUUCCGACUGAGAGGAUAUUCCACAGGGAAGACGACAGCCAUUUUGUUUACUAUAACUUCUAUUUUUGCCAUACUUUGGGCACCAAGAAUAAUCAUGAUACUGUAUCACCUCUAUGUAUCGCCUUUAAAGAACACUUGGUUGGUACAUAUUGUGUCAGAUAUUGCCAAUAUGCUAGCACUGUUGAACACUGCAAUUAAUUUCUUCCUCUACUGUUUCAUUAGCAAGAGAUUUCGCACAAUGGCAGCUGCGACACUAAAGGCUUUCUUUAGGUGUCAGAAACAACCAGUUCAGUUCUAUACAAACCAUAACUUUUCAAUAACUAGCAGCCCUUGGAUUUCCCCUGCCAAUUCUCACUGCAUCAAAAUGCUUGUUUACCAGUAUGAUAAAAAUGGAAAACCUAUAAAAAUAUCACCAUGAAAGGACGAUUGUUAGUGUCUCUGGAUGCAUCUUCUUUUCAAGCGGUUACAUCUCCAGAAUGUAAACUGCUGACAUGGCUAUUUUUAAAAGUGGUCAGUUGAUUUCAUUUCCCUGACAGACUAAAGGCAAAUCAGAUUGUUAGCAGAGAAUGGGAGUACUUAAUUUUGGGAGACGGAAUGAGAAGGCAAAAUGCCUCUUUCCUGUUACAUAGCAUUUUGAAUAUGCUUUGGAGUAUGAGUCUUGAUGUUCAAUUGCUAUCAUGUGUCCAUGUGCAAGCAUUGGUGCAGUACAGUUGUUGGGGGAAAAGCCACGCCGAAGGUGUUUAAUUGCAACCAUAAAAGAACUUCUGUGACCAUCUAGUUGUCUUCACUAUUGACAAAGUGAAUGCUUUGUGUACUGCGGAAGGCAUCAUUUGCACUGCGUGCACUUGCCUAAAACUAUGUGUCAUUUCUAACAUGAAAUAUCGCUACACGCAGUCCCUGCUAUUGAGGACUUUCUGCAGUGAGCAAUCUGUAAGACAUUUGAACUGUGACAAGCCCUUCCAGGCUCACUUGAACUCCAGGCUUGAACUCUAGGCUCAAGGAUGGAUAUUUCACCUGUUAUAGCCUUGGCAUGAAAAGCAAUCCUGCUAGCUGCCAAUAUUUAUAUGCUUUAAGUUGUUUUAUCUAAGAUAGAGGCCAGAGGGGAGGAGUUUGAAGGGAGGGGGAAAGAGGUUUCUUCAGCCAAGAACAAAAGUAGAAUAUUUCUCCAGUGACUUUAAUUCGACUCUCCAAAGGUUCCUAAGUUUGUUAUAAAUGGGAGUCUCCCUGACAUGCUAGGAGACUUAGUGAGCCUGGCUAUGUGUUUAAUGAGAAAUAUGGACACCACAACUCCCUUUGGAGCCAAUGAAACUACUCAGCACCCCACAUGACUGGGCCUUUAGAAAUUAUACAUACAAAAAUUAAAUAUUAGAACCUGUUUGGGCUAUGCUGUCACAGAUUUACCAUUUAGUUGUUUAAUAGUCAAAAAUCUUUGUGUGGAUUCAACAUAUUAAAGACUCCACAACAAUAAAAACAAAGACUACCCAAAAUGCCUGGACAGUGAAUUUUAAGGUACUUUAACUAGGAUAAAUAUUUAAAUUCUCUUCCUCCACACUCAUAAGAAGCAUAUCAGCAGCACUUCCUGAAGACACGGGAAGAAGAUAGCUACAUCAGGCUACUGAGACGCAUUUCAUUUGCUAUUAUCCCUCUUUGUUGUUGGUAUGUGGUCUCACAAAGCAUGCAUCAUAACACGUACAUUACUUGUGGAGCACUUAACACAGGCCUUAACAAUGAGUGUAAGAUUAUGUUUCCUUGCCUGGUAAACACAGGCACAGCUUUGUCAGUGAGCAUAGGGGCUUCUCAACUGAUAACUGCAAAGAAGAGAGAAGCUCAGGGUUUGCAAGGUGUCAGUGUAUGUGCCUCAUUGUGAGCAGGAAGCUCACAAAAGACCCAAUGCUGUGACAUCGUGAGAUCCUCCGAGAGGGGGAAUAGAGGGCACUCAGCACCUCCUAGAACUAGGCUCAAUAAGAAUCUAUAGAUAUUGAACAGUCUGCCAUACUUCGAGGUCUUACUAUGUUUUAAGAAAUGCUGAGUACCCAUGAGUCCCAAAAGCCUGAUUUGCCCACUGCCCUGCUCCUCGUGUAGCCAUUUACUCCUGUGUAAAGUGGAUGUAUACAGCAACCAAAUAAGAAUGCACCGUUCACAAGCAUCAAUGACAGCACAAGGCACAUGAGAGAUCAGGAGGGUGAGGUCAUAUAUUUUAUUGGACCAAUAUCUGUUGGUGAGAGAGACAAGCUUUCCAGCACACAAGGUGCGAAACAGUAAAGGAUGAAGUCCAAUCUGUCUGGUCCGACAGAUCUUUACUUACAUGGGAGUAGGGCUUAUUUGGAAAGAAUGAGACUACUCAAGCAAGUAAGGAUUUGUAGAAUUGGGUCUAUUAUGGUCAGAUCCUCAGCUCCACUGACUUCAGUGUGAGUCCAGGGUGCUCAGUACUUCCCUGCAAGGUGCUAAGCACCUCCUCUAUCAGGCUGCUGAAUUAUAUCAUCUAAUGAUUUUUCAGUUCAAUCAGAAUGGGGGGGUGAGGGUGGCGGGGAUGCGCCUGAGAACAGAAUUUGACCCUUUCCCCCAAAGGAGUAUGGCAAGAACUAAAUCUUUUGAAAUAUGAAGAGAGGAAACAAACAAGCAAACUAAAACCCACCCUGGGAUCUUUUCACACUAAUCUUGACAAAACGUGAUGUAUGCAAAACAAUAAUUGCAAUAAUAAAGCAUAAGGAAACGCUAGGCCUCUGAAUGUGUCAUUACCGACAACUAAAUAAGGGUAAAAUUAUUAACUUCUUUACUACUGAUUUACUUAUUUAUUUAUUAGUCUUUGUCCUUUUUCCCUCCCUUCCCCAAGCUCUCUCUUUAUUCCCCUUCUGUGUAAAUUGAUAUUAACCAAAGUUUACCUUUUUUAAAAAGGUACUAGCUGUUUAAUUUUGGGGAAGACACUGUAUUGAUCUCUUUUUUAUUUUAAAUUUGUUAUGAAGAAUGCUAGUCUGAGUUACAUGUGAAUAAGUCAAAGUGCAAUAUACCUAUAUUGAGUAAGCUGUUCAUUU